AUAUUCGAUUCUCGUGCAAUUCCAUCCCGCGUUCUUCUGGAGCGAAGUUCCCACGAAGCCAACAUACAAACAACCGCUGUCUUACGCACUCGCACAAGCGAACAGGAGUACGCCUCAGGGAGCGUAGAAGCGAAAGCGAAAUUUCAUGUCACUGUGGCUUAGUGUGGGUGAAAAGUCUACCGCCGCACUUGUAAACAAUCUUCAGACCUGGCUUAGCCGGUGUUUGGAAUCGGAUUCUGAUCGAGCUUCUAGGUGUUCGGACGUUUUUCCAAUAUGACUCCGCGAUCUGGAACACCCUCCUUGAACUUCUUGUGAGUUGCAGCAUACUCGGCGUCCAGAAGAUGGAUUACGAGUUCAAAGUAAAAACCUCCUCGGAAAGGGAGAAGGUCGAAGAUCUAUUCGACUUUGAGGGCUGCAAGGUAGGUAGGGGAACGUACGGUCAUGUCUACAAAGCGAGACCGAAAAACGCCAACGAGCGGAGUGAUAGUAGGGAGUACGCCCUCAAGCAAAUCGAGGGGACCGGGAUCUCAAUGUCUGCGUGCAGAGAAAUUGCUUUGUUGAGGGAACUGAAGCACACAAAUGUGAUUAAUCUCCAACGGGUUUUCUUGUCCCAUGCCGAUCGCAAAGUGUAUCUUUUAUUUGAUUUUGCGGAACAUGACCUAUGGCACAUAAUCAAGUAUCAUCGAACGGCCAAGGCGAACAAGAAGACUGUCGUUACUCCGCGGUCCAUGGUGAAAUCGCUGCUGUAUCAAAUCCUAAACGGAAUCCACUACUUGCAUUCCAACUGGGUCCUACACAGAGAUUUGAAGCCCGCAAACAUUCUCGUAAUGGGUGAAGGGCCGGACCGGGGGAAGGUUAAAAUUGCAGAUAUGGGUUUUGCUAGAUUGUUCAACUCUCCGUUGAAGCCUCUGGCCGACUUGGAUCCAGUCGUCGUGACUUUUUGGUACCGGGCUCCGGAAUUGCUUCUCGGGGCUCGGCAUUACACAAAAGCCAUCGAUAUUUGGGCAAUCGGAUGUAUUUUUGCCGAGCUUCUUACUUCCGAACCUAUUUUUCACUGCCGUCAAGAAGACAUCAAGACUUCGAAUCCAUACCACCACGAUCAGCUAGAUCGGAUUUUCAAUGUGAUGGGAUACCCUCUAGACAGGGACUGGGAAGAUCUCAAAAAAAUGCCGGAACACCCGACGUUGACUAAGGAUUUCAAGCGUUCAUCAUACCAGGGUUGUUCCCUGAGCAAAUACAUGGAGAAACAUAAGGUGAAAUCAGACUCGAAAGCUUUCCAACUUCUCCAAAGACUGCUCCUGAUGGAUCCCACGAAGAGAUUGACCUCUGAACAGGCCAUGAAUGAUCCAUAUUUCCUCGAAGAUCCCAUGCCCACGGCCGAUGUCUUUGCCGGGGGGCCGAUACCUUAUCCGAAAAGGGACUUUCUCACUGAAGAGGAUAACGACACAGACAAAGCCAACGCCCAAGCGAACGAUAAAGUCCGAUCCUCUAUCCAGAACGCGGCAGACAGCGGACCGAACGCGAAACGUGUUCGUCUGGGCCCGGGCCCACCCCAACCGCCCCAGCCUCAUAAUUAUCAGCAACAGAGACCGCAGUUCUGAGCCUCCCCUCCUCGCGGGAAAGGCGGCACGAGCGUGAUUCUCUCACAUGGUGGCGGUUUCCUAAAAGAGAGGCUACUAUCUUCCAACUACGGGUUUCAAUCGAUGGUCGCGGAUGACUCUCCUUGCACAAGUUAUCGGAGUUUCUGCUCCGCGUCCCGCUACUUGCUCUCAUACCCGCUUCG